AUGGGAUGGGAAGUGGGUGCUGGGUUGGAGGACACAGCGGGGAGAGAUGAGGCGGGGCGGGGCGGUAUCGUACGUGGAAGGCCAGGCGGACCGGGCGGUGCAGGCAAGAACUGCGCGGGGCUGAGCCGUCAGGCGGGCGUGGGCGGAGGAGUGGGCGGGACGGGGACGGAGGGGCGAGGGCGAGGGUGCCUUCUGCGUUCGCUGACUUGGGCCGCGGGAGCCACAAAUAGAACGUUUAGAGGCUUGGAGCGCCUGCUCCCCGCCCCUCGCCGCCGGACCGCGAGCCUCCUCUUCAGAUGCAGAGAUGCAGAUGUGACGGCCAUGUUGGAAGGCGCUGGAGAUGCGCAAUGGGUGAGAAGAGGGUUCUUCCAGCCUGUUCGACGCUCGAUUGCUCGUUCUUCAACGAUUCUCGUCUUGAGGGGCCGUGCCUUGAGCUGGCGGCCGGCUAGUGCGCUGCGGGGCGGCGGCGGGGCCGGAGGGCGCGGGGCCAUGACGCUGCGCGCGCUCCACCUGCGCGCGGCGCUGCUCACCUGCGCCGCGCUCUGCGCCGCAACGGCGCGCGCAGUCGACACGUCGCAGUGCAUCGCGCCUCUGGGCAUGGAGUCGGGCGCCAUCCCCGACGCGGACAUCUCGGCCAGCUCCUCCUUCGACAGCGGCAACGUCGGCCCGCAGCACGGACGCGUGCGCACGGAGAGCCACGGCGGCGCGUGGUGCCCCAAGCAGCAGAUCACAACGGAGCCCCGCGAGUGGCUGGAGGUGGACCUGCACCAGGUGAUCCAGGGCAACACCAACACGUACCUGGAGUCGAAGCGGGAGCUGGACCCGCCCAUGUGGGCGAGCAAGGUGCGCUUCCUUCCCUACAGCUACCACCGGCGCACCGUGUGCAUGCGCGUGGAGCUCUACGGCUGCUACUGGAGCGACGGCAUCGUCAGCUACUCCAUGCCGCAGGGCGACAAGCGCGGCGCGGGCUGGGAGUUCUUCGACGCCGCCUACGACGGCCACUGGGACGGUGAGCUGCGGCGCGGCCUGGGCCAGCUCACCGACGGCAAGGUGGGCCGCGAGAACUUCAAGAUGGGCUACUACGACUCGGACAGAGGCCAAGGCUGGGUCGGAUGGCGCAACGACUCGCGCGGCGGCCAGCCCGUCGAGAUCAAGUUCGAGUUCGACCGCGUGCGCGAGUUCACCGCCGUGCACCUCUAUUGCAACAACCAGUUCACGCGGGACGUGCAGGUCUUCUCCGAGGCCAACAUCCUCUUCAGCGUCGGCGGCAAGUUCUUCUCGGGCGAGCCCAUCACCUACACCUACAUCGAGGACCGCAUCUUCGAGAGCUCGCGCAACAUCUCCAUCAAGCUGCACCACCGCGUCGGCCGCUUCGUCAAGCUGCAGCUACACUUCGCGGCCAAGUGGAUCAUGCUGAGCGAGACAUUGCGCAUGGCAACUUCAGCCCAGAAGUGGCACCUGCACAAGAGCCUCCUCUGCAAAGUGAUGUGUAUGUGGAACGCAAAAGCCCUGCUGGACCAGCCAGUGAGGUACCUGUAUCCACUGCCAAGGAAGAGGACCAUACAUACAUGGCUGUUGUCAUUGGGGUUCUGAUGGCAGUGAUAUUCCUCUUAGCUGUAGCCAUCUACCUUAUUGUAUCCCGUCAUCGACAACGAAAAUGUUUUGCCAGUCCGUUAGCAGCCAAACCAACUUUGGCAGCACAUUCUGGUUGUUCUAACUCAGGCGAUAAAGGAUCUGCUUUUGCUGCAUCAUAUGGUGGAAGCUCAGUAGAAGAUGGAUAUGGGGCUGGCACUCUACCAUUACAGCCCCCUCCACCCCCUCCACCACCACCUCCUCCAGCAGAUCUGUUAUUAGAGCAUAUGCUGGAUGUGAAGCUUGAUGAUUACCAGGAGCCUUACCAAGCCUUAAAAUAUGCACCAUACUAUAGCUACAGUGCAGUUGUAAUGGAGAUGAGAGAUGCUCUAAGCAAAGGUUCUGCUGUGCCCUCAGAUACAUCCUAUGAUUAUGCUGUCCCUGAAAUGGGUGCAGUGCCACUCCUAAGCCCAGAGCAAACAUCCGUGCCUCUGCCUGGAACAAGCGACAAAGAUAGUGUAUUUUCUCGCGGUUCUUCCAAGGGCAGCCGCAGUGAAGACUCCCGAGGCAAGAAGUCGCCCAGUCAGCAUGAGGUUCUUAGUGCUCUAAAACGCCGGUUGGAGCAGACAGCAGUGCCUCAGUUCCCCCGGCACCGGCUGCGUAUGCUUUCCAAGUUGGCGGAAGGUGCCUUUGGUUCGGUGUAUGUGGCAGAGGCAGAUGGCAUACCAGAAUAUGGAGGAGCAACAACUUUAGGGAAGAGGCUUGUUGCUGUCAAGUUUUUACUACAGGAUGCCACAGAAAGAGAAAAGCUUGACUUCCAUCGAGAUGUUCGCAUUCUUGCUGCUUUGGAGGAUGUAAACAUUGCUCGAGUAUUGGGAAUGUGCAGCCGUGAGGAGCCCCUGUGUGUGGCCAUGGAGUACUUGGAGCAUGGUGACCUCAACAAGUUCCUCAAGAGCCAUGUCCCAAGUGAUGACUCACGAGUUGUGGCUUCAGGACUGAAAAUGCUCAGUUUCAACUGCCUGUUAUAUAUGGCGACUCAAAUAGCCUCAGGAAUGCGUUACCUAGAAACAUUGAACUUUGUACAUCGAGAUCUGGCCACUCGGAACUGUCUAGUGGGUAAGGCCUAUCAAAUCAAAAUUUCUGAUUUUGGUACGGACAACGAAUUAUAUUCUUCCGAUUAUUACAAAGUUGAUGGCACUGUAGCUUUACCUGUACGUUGGAUGGCUUGGGAAUCUAUAUUCCAGGGCAAAUACACUACAAAAAGUGAUGUUUGGGCCUUUGCUGUAACCCUUUGGGAAAUCUUACAACUGGCACGAAGAGUGCCUUUUGUGGAGUUGUCAGAUCCACAGGUCCUUGAAAACCUAGCCCACCUGCAAUAUGAUGAUGGUAAGUUCUGCCCGUUGCCACGACCUCCAUCGCCUGCUUGCACCAAGGACAUCUACGAUUUAAUGUGUGAAUGCUGGCGACGACAUGAAGCUGAGCGCCCAAGCUUCCGCGAAAUUCAUCUGUUUUUGCAGCGCAAGAACCUUGGCUAUACCCCAUUACCAGUGUCGUGAUCAACCAUAGUGAUGGUAGGAUGACAAUACAACACAUAUAUUUUUCUCAUACAUCCACUUUCGGCUUGUACAGACAGUCUCGACAAUCGCAGUGUUUUAUUUGUUAGGAAGGUUUACUCUUCCAACAAUAUUAAUUCCCUAUUCUUUAAUGAGCAUUGAUUUAAAAUAUAUUUGUGAUGAAGUUUUAUGAUAUAUACUACUUUUCCAUGAGAAAAGAAAAUUUUAAUGUACCAAUUCUAAUCACAUCUGUAGCAAUAUUAUGUUUCAUGAAAUUUUUUUGAAUGUACUCUGCAGAAUCAGCAUAUUCAUGCAGUUCAUAUUAUUGAGAACAAACACUUUAUUUUGUUUGCAGUUCAUGUGUGAUGUGGCUCUUAUACAAUUUCUCUAUUAGAGAAUUAUGCUGGGCAGCAAAAGACUGCAAUGCUCCUGACAGUUAUGGCACUCUUUUGUGCAUAGAUAAACCUGCAAUAAGCCUGCAGUUCCUCUCCUUUCAUAUGCAAAUAUGACCAAAAUUUGAAUGAACGUGAGAUUUUUCCAGUGAACAAAAUAAAGAAAGUUUGUAAUCUGCAUGUGUCUGCAAAACUGACAUUUUUUAAAUUAAUAUUGCAUAAGAGACUUGCAAAAUAUUUGUUUCAAAUAUAUAUAAGAUGAUUCAUAACUUUCCAUUUUAAAUUAUACUGAUGUCAUAUCAAAGAGAUUUAAAAACAAACAAAAGUAUGUUAAUUUUUUUCUGAUCUCUUUGCCAUGACAAAACUAUUGUAGUUGUAUGUAGUUUUGUAGACCUAUUGACAGAUCAUUGAAGUGUACCUUCUAUUUUGUUAUUGAAACAGUUUUACAGACACUGACCCGUCAUGAGAUGUUAAAAGAAAUAUUACUCAUAAUUAUGUGGAAGUGAUACACAGGGAAAAGAAUUUCAGCAAACCUUUAAAUUUCAAAGUAUCUUCCUCUUGUAUUGCAGUUACUGUGGAGGUGUGUUAAGGUAAAGAUAGAUAUGAUAUUGACCCUUGCAGCUGAGCAGUACUAAUGUUGCAAUUUAAAAAUCGUAUUUUUAUCAGAAUUCAAUUUUUUACAAGUAGAAAAUCUCUAUAAACAAUGGUAGAUUAAAUGUCAUUUGUGUAAACUCUACAAGUAGAAUUGUAGGGAGUGGAAACCUACAGUAAGCUGGCUGUGGGCUUGUUGAGUAAGUAGGUUGUGCUGCAGUCUGCAAGUCAUCUGUUUCUUCCUCUUCCUUACCCUCUUCCCCAGUGGCGCAGGGUAGAAGCGUAGGGCUGAAGCUGGCAGGGAGCAAUGGAAACUUCCCUCACAAGAGGGGAUUUCUCAAAUUGAACUUGGUUCUAACUGGGCUGUACUCCAUGCAAGAAAGGAGUUUCAUUUUUAGAUUAAUUUUAUAUUUUGAGCUGAUAUUUCAUCUAAAUGUUUCAGUAUUUUAUACUUUUAUAUAAUAUUCAGAAGAUAAUUUUUAUUUUAGUUAAGAAUGAUCGCUAUUCUUAUAUUCCUGUUGUGUGCAAAUGAAGUCAAACUACAUAAUGUGAAAAGUUGUAGGCAUCAAGAGUUGAACAUAUUUGCUUCAUAACAGUGUGUAUAUCUGCAUGACUGAGUGAUUGUGUGUAGAUACCAUAUUUGCUGGCUUAUGCCUCAUAAUUUUUUGCCAUCAAUUCCUGCUUUUUUGUUUUUUGACAUCUCCUCCUUUGAAACGGUUGCAAAUGGAUACCUAAACCUUACAAAUCUAUCAAAAAGUAGUAGGCAUGUUCCAUUAGGUAUCUUUCAUUGGAUACAUUGAUAAAAAAGUCAUAAAAUUUAGAACUUGUAAUGAGAUAAUAGUGUAGAUAUUAUGAACAAAUUACUCUCAGAAUUCUUAAAAUUGACACCUACAUUUGACGAACAAUUUGCCAUUUCUGGUGGUUGUUUAAAAUUUCAAUCAUGCCUACAUAUUUCAUCAAAGGGUCCAUGGUGUAUGUGAGCUGGUGUGGUGUCUUAAGUGUGAUAGUGUAACACUGGUUUCAAACUUGAGAAUGUAUAGCAAUGAGCAUUGUGAUGACAAUGCAUAGAUUGCAUUUCUGUGCAUCAGGGGUCAGUGGAAAGUAGAGGUACAACUGACCUUCAGAACUCGACACUAAGAAAGGCCUCUAUACAAAGCUUUACUGCAUACAUUUAGAUCAAGAAAAAUUCAUGAUCUAAAGAAACAUUUUUAUUCUGAAGUGGCCUAGAUGUUUAAAAAGACAAAAUGUGCUUGAUGGAGUGCUUUGAGUUCACAUGAUCCUAAGAAGAGACUACAUGCAAUGAAAGUAUUGAAGAGGGAGGGGAGGAGUGAAAAGAUGGUUUAGGGAACAGCCAGUCCUGUAUUUCAAUCAGGCUGUGCAAUAAUGGAGGGACGCAAAUCUUGGUGGUAGUCAUUAGAGAGUAAUUUAAUUAAAAUUGCAACGAAUGGGAUGAGCAAAUCUAUGGUUCAGAAAUUGAGAUGUAGCUUGCUCUCCCACCAAAUAGGUCAUUUUGUAUUUGUGAGUGCGAGCAUGAGUGAUUGCAGUGAGAACACUUCUUGACAGCGAUAUUAACGACUAUAUUUCAUUGAUAGAAAAAACGUCAAAAUGUGUAGCAAUGAGUUUCUGGAAAUGCAAAAGUAUGGAUGGCAGCUGGAGAAAUUCAAUCUUGGAGGUGGAUCAAAUAGAAAACGCUAUCUCCAUAUUGUGAUAAUAACUAAAAUGGAUGGAAAGUUAAUUCCUGAAGCUUAUGCAUGGAUGCUGUGUGAAUGUGUACAUAAUUUUGAUAAGAUGGCCAGAACAAAAUACCUAGAUUGAGGAUGUAUGAGUAUGAAAAGCGUGUUUGUGUAAGUCUGUAUAAGUACGUAUGAAUACACACACACCAAUACACAGGAAUACACUUUAGUGUAAACUUUCAUGUCUCCUAAAUGGUUGAUCAAUAAAAUGUUAUUUUACUUCAGCAAAUUAAUGCAAUGCCUUAUUGAGACAUUACAUAUCUCUUCACAAAAUUUCUUACUACACAGGUACUAUUUUAGUCAAAAAUAUUUUUUUAUCGAAAUUGACAGCAAUUUGGUCAUUGCAUCUACUCAAAUCAAUAUUUCCAGGAACUGUGUGCCUACAGAUUAUUACUAAAUGGAACAUCACAUCUCAGCUUUUAGGUUUGAUCAUAUUGGAAAGUGUAACACAAACGUAAUCAAUAAAAAAAACUAUAAGUUCCACAAAACAGAAGCAAAUAUGAGAGAUCAUCUCAUAGCUAUCUUGUUCAAUGUUUGAAAUGUCAUGCUGACUUGAUUAGAUAAAUAUCUGGUUGAUUGUAUGACAAUUUUUUUCACAAUCUCAAAAUGCACAAAAAAAUGUGUCUAUUAUUUGACAGAGAAAAUGUCAGAAACAAAAUUGAAGAAAGUCUCACUAAUAAUCUCUUGUGUUAUUUCAUCUUUAUACAAAGUACUUCUUGAAAACUUAAUCCAAAAGAUAAAUUAUGCCAUUGGUGCCAUUUCAUUCUUCUGUACGUCCAUCUUUUGCAUAAAACAUAAUACCUACAUUAAGGCAUAACAUACACUACUUAAAACAUGUAGGACACAUUUUCAAUUGAAUGUAAAACUUGAACUUUAUUAUUGCAUUAUUUAUUUCCAAACAGUUAUGAAUUAACUUCUUAUGAAUGAUGGAUGUGUUUGUGUAGCUGUUUUCAAAUUGAAUACCUAAUUUAAAUUCAUACCUCAAUAAUUGGAGAUAAUUAUUCCUCUCAGGAUCUUGUGUGCAGGUGUGUGUAUAUGUAUAUGUGAAGCAGUGCAUUAUGGUAUGCAUGGAAGCAUGCAUCCAUUCCUGUAUGUAUGAAUGAAGUAUAUGUGUACAUAAGAUAAAGCAUCACUUUUGUUAGAAGAAUGAUUUUUCAGGGAUUAAUGUGUAUUUUGUACAGCAGUGAUGACACCUUUUUUUAUUAAUUUACGAGGUCAUUGUCAUAUUACCUGAAAUUAAAGAAUUUUCUAAGUAAGAAGUACUUUAUAUUAACAAAUAGGUUAAUUUAUUAAAAAGUGGACAUUACACUAACGCCAACAUUUGAAAAUAUAUUUUUUGAGCCAGUGAAAUAAUGAAAUCAAAUCUGAGAUGCCACUUGCUGAAAAGAUUUCAUACUAUUUUGACACCUUUGAAAAGCAAUGGAGCAAUUUUUAUUAUUAGUAUUAUUAAUUUUUUAGUUAUGUCUAUGUAUCUGGAAAAUUUAUAUCAAUUACACAAUGUUUCAUAUGAUGCUCUCAAUUAUUCACUGUAAAAUGAUUCAGAGAAGAUAUCUAAUUAUUUUUGUAUUAAGAAAUUGUUAUUUGUUAUUGUGUGAUGGUGAUAUUUACAUGCACACAAAGUGUACAAACAACUUAUUUCUAACAAAAUAUGUGAUGCCGUUGUAUGUACACAUAUUUAUGCAUGAUUUGUGUGUAAAAACUAGGCAGUGAUAGUUUAUAGCAUGUACAGAUUUCUUACUGUAUAUAGAUAUAAAUAUAUAUAUAUAAAAAU